AUGGCUACCGAAUUGACAGUCCAGUCUGAGCGCGCUUUCCAGAAGCAACCUCAUAUCUUCCUUGCCAGCAAGACCCGCCCAGCAAAGAGGAGAGUGGGAAAGGGUGGGAGGAGAUGGUACAAGGAUGUUGGAUUGGGUUUCAAGACCCCCAAGACUGCUAUUGAGGGAACAUAUAUUGGUUUGCUCUCCUUACUACGGAAGAUUAUGGAAGGGAUAGAUCUGGGGGCUAUACAUAGAGAGGAGAGAAAAGGGAAAGGCUAAUUGAUAUGGCUCCUUCAACAACAAACAGACAAGAAGUGCCCCUUCACCGGUCUCGUCUCCAUCCGUGGCCGUAUCCUCACUGGAACUGUCAUCUCAACAAAAAUGCACAGAACCCUUGUCAUCCGCCGCGACUACCUGCACUACAUCCCUAAGUACCAACGUUAUGAGAAGCGUCAUAAGAACAUCUCGGCACACGUUUCCCCAGCUUUCCGUGUCGAGGAGGGUGAUCAGGUUACCGUCGGUCAAUGCAGGCCUUUGUCGAAAACUGUACCCCUCCCUCCCUUCCCCCUUAUUAAUCUCUAUAGAUCUUACUAAAUGUACUUACCAAAGGUUCGCUUCAACGUCCUCCGCGUUCUCCCCCGUACUGGCAAGGGUGUGAAGGCUUUCCAGAAAUUCUAAGCCAAUAAUUAAAACGGGGCCUUUAUCUUCUUCUUGCAGUUUGUUCUUCAUUAUCUUAUUUCUCCUGCUGGAAUGGGGUACCAGUAGGGUAAUACAACGUCGGCAUGUGGCUAAUUAUAUGGGCUACCAUGGAGGUGAUUGUAUUUCUGUUACAAAAACAAAAUGUGAACGAACCUU